AUGGCUUUGCAGCAGUCUGACAGAGGCAAGGGAAUCCCCAAACUGCUCCCCGCUUCUACAUUCAACCCAAAUGUCUACACCACCAGCACCAAUCCUUCCACUCUCCUGGAGCCAGUGUGCAGGCUGUUGUUCAGCAUUUUUCGCUGCCAGUGGGCACCGGUGCAGCAGCGGCUGUGUUCUGCUUCCUGGACUGGCGUGAACAGGAGGAACGUUGAGGCUGUGAAGCUGCUGGACUAUCAGGCAGCACACAGCACUGCCUUUGACGGCCUGGUGUGUGACUACUGGCAUCACUACACAGACCGGGGUUCGGUGCUUGGUCCUCUCCUCUUCAUCCUCUAUAUGCUCCCCCUUGGCAAUAUCAUCCAUCAUCACGGUCUCCAUUUCCACUGCUAUGCUGAUGACGUCCAGCUCUACAUCUCACCCACUCUCACCAACUCCCUCACUUAAAUAAAAUCAUGGAUGCAAGCCAACUUCCUCAAACUGAACUGCGACAAAUCAGACAUCAUUAUCAUCGGUCCCAACCACUCUACUUUCUCCCCCUCCUCACACAUCUGCAACCUCGGAAUUAUUCUUGACAGUAACCUCUCCUUUGAAGACCACGUCAACCAUAUCACAAGGACUGCUUUCUUCCACCUCAAAAACAUCGCUCGUCUCUGUCCAUCACUCUCCUUCUCUGCCACUGAAACCCUCAUCCAUGCCUUCAUCACAUCCAGACUCAACUACUGCAACAGCAUUCUUUAUGGCUCACCAUCCAAAAUCAUCAAUAAACUCCAGUACAUACAGAACUCUGCUGCCCGCCUGCUCACUCACACCCGUUCCCGUGACCACAUCAUCCCUGUCCUUUGUAAUCUCCACUGGCUCCCUGUAUCACAACGCAUCCAUUUCAAAGUCCUUCUCCUGACCCACAAAACUCUCCAUAGCCAGGCCCCCUCCUACCUUACUGCCCUACUCCACCGCGACAAACCUUCCUGCAAUCUCCACUCUGCUGAUGCCAACCUCCUGUCCCCACCCCCCCAUACCAAGCACCAGACCUGGGGUGACAGAGCCUUCUCCAUUGCUGCCUCCUCCCUCUGGAACUGACUCCCCAAUCACAUCCAUGACUGUACCGACCUGCCCACAUUCAACUCACUGCUCAAA